AGGCUGGGGCGCGUGUAGGCAAAAGGAGAGCAAAGUCGCUCCGUUCACCCAUAGCGUACGUCCACACAUCCAUCCAUCUGUCCAUCCAUCCGGAACACGAAGGCUGCGACAAAGUUUAAAAGAAAAACAGACCAGUCACAUUUCCUGAAGCAGACUAGCGCUUCUGGCACACCGACUACCCCAGAUACUAGCAUCGUCCCACCACCCGCCCCCCGCCAAAUAUGACUGAGAAGUCUCGUUCCAGAGCCCGACUCCAACAACUCUCACAUCAAUUGAAUCCAACCAUGAGCGUCUUUGGAGCAAGUUUGGUGCCGCAGGCGCCGGAAGACCCCUUGUUUGGCCUGAUGGCCGCCUACAAGGCCGACACAUUCGAGAAGAAGGUCGACCUGGGCAUUGGUGCAUACAGAGACGACAACGCAAAACCCUGGGUUCUACCCGUCGUCAAGGCCGCCGACGAGAUCCUCCGCAACGACCCAGAGCUCAACCACGAAUACCUCCCCAUCGCCGGUCUCGCCCCGUUCACGUCGGCCUCGCAAAAGCUAGUCUUCGGCUCCUCCAGCCCCGCCAUCGCCGAAAAGCGUGUCGCCUCCCUACAGACCAUCUCCGGCACCGGCGCCGUCCAUCUAGGCGCCGCUUUUCUGGCAAAGUUCUACCUCAAGCAGUUCCCGGGCGCUGCGGUCUACCUGUCGAAUCCGACGUGGGCAAACCACAACCAGAUCUUCUCCAACGUUGGUCACAAACUCGCCCAGUACCCGUAUUUCUCGGCAAAGACACGCGGUCUGGACUUUGACGGCAUGAUCGCCGCGCUUCAAGCUGCGCCGGAGCAUUCCAUUGUGCUGCUUCAUGCUUGCGCUCACAACCCCACCGGCGUGGAUCCUACGCAAGAACAGUGGGCCAAGAUCGCAGAAGUCAUGAAGCAGCGCAGCUUGUUCCCGUUUUUCGAUACCGCCUACCAAGGCUUCGCGUCGGGAGACCUGAACAGAGACGCCUGGGCCAUACGGUACUUUAUCGAGCAAGGUUUCGAGCUACUUGUCGCCCAGUCAUACGCCAAGAAUUUUGGUCUUUACGGUGAACGGGCAGGCUGCUUCCACUUCGCUGCGGCGCCUGGCCCUGAUAGCCAGGACACUGCAACUCGUGUUGCCUCGCAGCUUGCCAUCCUGCAGCGCUCCGAGAUAUCCAACCCUCCAGCAUACGGCGCACGAAUCGCGUCCCUUUGCCUCAACGACCCCAAGCUCUUCGCACAAUGGGAGGAUGAUCUCCGCACGAUGUCCGGACGCAUCAUCAAGAUGCGCGACGCACUCCGGAGCAAGAUUGAGGCCUUGGGCACACCGGGAACGUGGAACCACAUCACGGACCAGAUCGGCAUGUUUUCUUUCACGGGCUUGAAUGAGAAGCAGGUCCAGACGUUGAGGGAGCAAUAUCACAUAUACAUGACGAAGAAUGGCCGGAUAAGCAUGGCUGGAAUCAACACCAAAAACGUGGACUACGUUGCGAAUGCAAUCAGCAAAGUGGUCAAAGAGACCUCGUAGAUGUCGGAGAAUAGUCGCAUUGUGUAUGCGACGCGUAGAGUUGACUGGUUUCAAAACGUGGAAGCGAGUAGUGUGCUCUUUAGAAGAGAUAGAUUAAAAAAAAGGAAGAUUCUCUGCACUGUACAUUCCACUACGGAAAUUUCUGAAGCCAAUCUACCAUUAUUAUUAUUA